GGCCUCGCUUCCUGCGCGGGCCUGGGGAGCCGAUGGAGCCGACGGACGGCGCCGAGGAGGAGGCGCUGGUGCGGUGCCCGGUGUGCUUGCGGGAGCUGCCGGGCGCGCACAUCAACUCGCACCUGGACCGCUGCUUGCAGGCCGGGGAGGCCGCGGCCGAGCCCCCCAGCAAGCGGCCGCGCCUCGCCGCCGCCCCGCCGGGCAGCAGGGCCGAGGGGGAGCCGGAGGAGGCCCGCCCGGUCGAGGGCCCUCCCGUCUUCUCCCUCUUCCAGAAGGGCCGUGGCGGCGGGCAGAGCCCGGGGGCCGGCGGCAGGAGGAGCGGAGCGGGGCGGGACGAGGCCGCCGUGCAGCCGGGGGAUGGAUGCUCGACGGCGGCGGCGGCGCUGCGCGGGGCCAGCCUGGCGCAGAAGCUGGAGGGGAAACCCCUGGCGGAGCUGUUGCGGCCGGACACGCUGGGGGAUUACGUGGGGCAGGAGCGGGUCCUGGGGGCGCAGACCCUGCUGCGGUCCCUGCUGGAGUCCCACGAAAUCCCCUCCCUCAUCCUCUGGGGACCGCCGGGCUGCGGCAAGACUACACUAGCACACAUCAUAGCCAACAACAGCAAAAAGAAUGGCACAAGGUUUGUGACACUGUCAGCCACAAGUGCCAAGACAAAUGAUGUUCGAGAUGUCAUCAGCCAAGCCCAGAAUGAAAGAAGGCUCUUCAAGAGAAAAACUAUCCUCUUUAUUGACGAGAUCCAUCGUUUCAAUAAAUCUCAGCAGGAUACUUUCCUUCCUCACGUCGAGUGCGGGACGGUGACCCUGAUAGGAGCGACCACAGAAAACCCUUCCUUCCAAGUCAAUGCCGCUCUUCUGAGCCGGUGCCGGGUGAUUGUCCUGGAGAAGCUCUCGGUGGAAGCAAUGGAGGCAAUUCUGAUGCGGGCCGUCAGGUCCUUAGGGGUCCAGGUUUUGGGCCAGGGCGACCAGCACAGCAGCUCUGCAACUGGCAGCGGCAGUGAGAGCUCAGAAUUCCCGGUGUUCAUAGAGGCCAAAGCUCUAAACACACUUGCCUACCUUUGCGACGGUGAUGCAAGGACUGGACUGAAUGGACUCCAGUUAGCAGUUCAGGCCAGAUUAGCAGCAGGGAAGACCACUCCUUUGAAUAUUACCAAAGAUGGUUCUGCAGAUGGCAUUCUGAUAACAGAAGAGCACGUAAAGGAAGGGCUCCAGCGAUCCCACAUCCUGUAUGACCGAGCAGGAGAAGAACAUUACAAUUGCAUCUCUGCCCUGCACAAGUCUAUGAGAGGCUCAGAUGAAAAUGCUUCCCUUUACUGGCUUGCUCGAAUGCUUGAAGGUGGUGAGGAUCCGCUUUAUGUGGCAAGGAGGCUGGUGAGGUUUGCAAGUGAAGAUAUAGGACUGGCAGAUCCUCUGGCUUUAACACAAGCAGUUGCUGCUUAUCAAGGCUGUCACUUUAUUGGAAUGCCAGAAUGUGAGGUGAUUCUAGCACAGUGUGUAGUGUACUUUGCCAGAGCACCAAAGUCUAUAGAGGUGUACAGGGCAUAUGGCAACGUCAAAGAAUGUCUGAGGAUGCACACGGGACCUCUGCCACCUGUUCCGCUGCACCUGAGAAAUGCCCCAACAAGGCUCAUGAAGAACCUGGGCUAUGGCAAAGGCUACAAAUAUAACCCCAUGUACAAGGAACCUGUAGAGCAGGACUAUCUACCAGAAGAGUUGAAAGGAACAGACUUCUUUAAGGAACAAAAAACGUGACGGCUGUGCUUGGAAUGGGUUUUGAUUCUAUGACUCAUACAUUUCUACUGGGAGAGAAAUUCCCCUAACAGUGUCAGAAGUCUGUUACUGUGGUUGAAAGGAUUAAGCCAAUGAGCUUUUCAGAUACUUCUUUAUCCUCCUGGUUUUACUGCUGUUAUUCUGAAGGUAUUUUGUAAAGAGUUGCAGUUAGGCAAUGUAGAAAUGCAAACAUGACCUUUAAACCUUAUAGUGCUGUCACUCUGUGGUUCACAUGGAGAAAAAAUGAGAGACUUGUAUAUCUGGCUCUUGCUGGGAGACAAGGAAUAUUACUGUGCUGCUUUUUAAAAUCAGUAUCAAUUUCAGAUUUUGAGAAUGUUUAUUUUCCAAGAAAAUAGUAAUAUGUACCCCCUUUGCUAAAAUACUGUAAACAAAAUAUAAUUGCAAAGUAAUUCUUCCUGUUAUGAUAUUCCAGAGACAAAUUUUGUUCAACAGUUAUUACCAAUAAAGCUGUUAAAAAUAGUGUCUAUGUGUUUGUUUAAAUACUCUUGUGACAUCAAUGUAGUAUUGAAAGUUUGAUAUCCCUUUAAUUUUAUUAUCCCUUCUUUCCAGAGUAAGUUUAAUUCAUUUUGUAAGUAAAAUAGUCAUAAAAAUAGCCAAAUUAUGUUAAUUUUUGAAGUUUUAUCACUUAAAAUUUUAAUUGUAUGAUGACAUUUUGGGAGGGUUUUUUUUAGAGGAGACUCCUGGUAAUGAAACACAUUUGUCUAUUCCCAGUUGUGCAUCAAGAAUUUCAUUAGCUUUAAAUUGGAAAGCUGAGAGACACAAAUUGACUUAGUACUGUUAUAAUACAGUGUUUGGAUUCCUCUUCCUACUGAAAACAUAACAACAUCCAAGAUUGCUGUUGACUGAACAUUUCCAGUAAUGUUGUUAUUACUGAUGUCAACAACAUUCUUUCAUUUAAGUGCUGAUUAUUUUUCUUCUCCUCAAUCCUCCUUAGGUGUACAGUGGCUCAGUGUGCUGAAAAGACAGCAAGGGCUAAAACCACGUAUGACUGUGCUAACUUGCAGUUGGGUAGGAGAGGAGGACUGUGUUUUGUUAGAAUUUCAUCAGAUAAUUAGCAAAGAAGGUUUUAAUUACUGAAAUGCUGACCAGCCACUGGGGCAACUGUCCACACUUGUCAAAGUACCAUGGAGUUAACUGGCCUCCAGUGAUGAGGAUGUACGUCUGGGUUAAAAAUUACCACCACCACCAUAGUGCUGUGUAAUUGCAGCUGGAUUUGCUUGGUAACUACUCAGGGUUUGCUUGCUACCUGCCCCGCAUAGUUUUGUUACUGGGUCUAUGCUGAUUACUGGUGGACUUCAGGGAUUCCUGUCCUGAUCCUGCUUAGUUUGGGAAAUGUGGUAAGGUCAAAAUUUACAAUGCUUUGUGUAUAGCUUCUGGUCUUUUGCUGUUCAGCUACAAAUGCCAUGUGUCUGCUAAAAGGUGACUUCCUUGAGAGUGGUUGGAAGGUUACUAACUCUUCCCCAGAAGGACUAUGUAUCAUAGAUAUUUCUUUUUAUAAUAUUACUGAAUCAUUUGGCUUUUUGUGAUGCGUUACAUUUACCGAACAAUGACUGGUGCUUCAUUUCCUGUUUACAGUAUUGCAUUUAACAGUUUUUAAAAACUUCUAUUCAUCUACCCAAUUCAAUUUGUAAAUAAAUGUUUCAUUCUUUGA